UUUUUCACUUUUUGUUUUUUUAUUGGGUGGGAAGACGGAAGAGCCAAUUUGAGAUCUUUACUUCGAGGGAGGAGGAGGAGGAUGGUCGGAUUUGAUGCCAUUGUUGAGCGAGUUAAGAUACAAAUGUGUUGGUUUUGAUGCUGGAGAAUGGAGAGGAUUUGAUUCAAAGGUGGUGCUUUUUAGGUCGAUUAGGAUGCAAGCUAGGGUUUUGACAAUAGAGGAGGGGAAGGAUUUGGCACAGAGAACUCAGCCUAGAGUGUUUCCAAUGAGAGUACUUAAAGUUCUUGGCUUUUUGUCUACCCUUGGCAUCUGCUUUUUCAUUGCUAGUAUGUAUAUGACCCGGUACUAUGGAAUCCCAAAUGUAGUUUCUCAAGCAAGAUCAAGCUUUCAAGUAUGUUGGGAAGAACCAAGAGGUCUCCAAUGGUGGAUCAAACCGCCGUCAAAAUUGUUGCACAAUAUGACUGAUGAGGAGUUGUUUUGGCGUGCGUCGAUGGAGCCUCAGGUGGAGAAGUAUCCAUUUAAGAGGGUUCGCAAAGUUGCUUUCAUGUUUUUGACGAUUGGGCCAUUGCCAUUGUCACCGCUUUGGGAGAAGUAUUUCAAAGGAAAUGAAAGGCUUUAUUCAAUUUAUAUUCAUUCAUUGCCAAAUUACAAGGCUGAUUUUCUGGAGAGCUCAGUGUUCUACCGAAGACAAAUACCUAGUCAGGUUUCUGAGUGGGGAAAGAUGAGCAUGUGUGAUGCUGAAAGGCGCCUACUUGCAAAUGCACUGCUUGAUAUCUCAAAUGAAUGGUUUGUGCUGCUGUCGGAGUCAUGCAUCCCCCUCUAUCCUUUCAGUAUCACUUACCGAUACUUGAUGAGAUCUCGUUUCAGUUAUGUCGGUGCUUUUGAUGAUCCAAGCCCUCAUGGAAGAGGCAGGUAUGAUCCAAACAUGGCGCCUGAGGUGGACAUAUCCCUCUGGCGCAAAGCCUCCCAGUGGUUUGAAGUGAACAGAGAACUUGCAGUUAUUAUAAUCAAAGACACCAAAUUCUAUCCAAAGUUCAAAGAAUUCUGCAAACCCGAUUGCUACGUCGAUGAGCACUACUUCCCAACAAUGCUCACCAUCGAAACACCUCACAAGAUAGCAAACCGAACGAUAACUUGGGUAGACUGGUCGAGAGGUGGUGCUCAUCCUGCAACAUUCGGGAAAGCUGAUAUCACUGAAUCAUUUCUGAAGACGAUCGUCGAGGGGCAGACUUGUUUAUUCAAUGGUCAAAAAUCAAAUCUUUGUUACAUGUUUGCAAGAAAGUUUGCGCCGAGUGCUCUGGAACCUCUUCUUCAGUUAGCUCCUGAUUUGCUCGGCUAUGGUUGAUAAUGUCAUUGCUCAAAGAAUUCUCAAAAGUUUUACUUGCAGAGCUGCUUCAGAUCAUUUACUUUUUUGUAUAGCAAAAGAAAGCAAUCAGAUCAGUAGGAUUUCAUUCUGUAGUUUCUAUUUGUACAUCUUUGGUUUUGCAAUUCUUGUAUUUUCUAUACAAACAGUUACUGUUACAGGAUGUUCAUGGUCUUUGGAAAUUCAUAUUCAUUAUAUUGAUUA